GUGUCCCAGCAUGCCAUGCCCCACAGACGCCGCUUGGGUGGCCGGAUCAGCAGCUCUCUCGGCGGCGUGGUGGACAUCCAGCAGCUCCCGGCGGCAUGGACAGCGACGAGGACAGCAUGGAGGAGGCCGUGGAGGGUCCAGUGGAUGAAGACGAUCAGCUCCACGGGUUCUGCACAGUAACCUAUUCAUCCAGUGACCGUUUUGAAGGACACUUCACCCACGGAGAGAAGAAUGGCAAGGGGAAGUUCUUCUUCUUUGAUGGAAGUGCACUGGAGGGUUUCUAUGUCGAUGAUGCUCUGCAGGGCCAGGGCCUGUACACGUAUGAAGACGGAUCUGCCCUCCGUGGCACAUAUGUGGAUGGAGAGCUCAAUGGACCCGCUGAGGAGUGCAAUGCAGAGGGCCGCCUGGUCUUCAAGGGCCAGUACAAAGACAACAACCGCUGUGGGAAAUGCUGGAUCUACUACCCUGAUGGAGGCUGUGUGUUCGGGAAGGUGAAUGAGGAUGGGGAGAUGACUGGUGAUUCCGUAGGGUACAUCUACCCUGAUGGACACACGGCUCUCUAUGGAAGCUUUGUGGAUGGAGAGAUCAUUGAGGCUCGCCUCGCUACCCUUAUCACCACCAAGAGUGGAAGGCCGCGCUUUGAAAUCACACCGAACAGUCCUGCGUACUCGUACGACAAGUCAACGUCCACCUGUAUCACUGCCCACGCACUGCUUCCUGACCCUUAUGAGAGUCAGAGGGUGUUUGUGGCAGACUCUAUGAUCAAAGCAGCAGGAGAGGGCCUGUUUAGCAAGUCGGACGCUGAUGCUGACACUGUGAUGGCUUUUUAUAACGGAGUUCGCAUCACACACUCUGAGGUGGACAGCAGAGACUGGGCACUGAACGGGAACACAAUCUCAUUGGACGAGGAUACGGUGAUCGACGUCCCUCGGCCGUUUGACCAGACGGAGAGAUACUGUGCCUCUCUGGGUCACAAGGCAAACCACUCCUUCAAGCCCAAUUGCAAAUAUGACCCGUUUGUCCACCCUCGUUUUGGGCCCAUCAAGUGUGUCCGAACCUUGAGGGCCGUUCAGAAAGAUGAGGAGCUAACCGUUGCUUAUGGUUACGAUCACCAGACCCCUGGGAAUAAUGACCCCGAGGCCCCCGAUUGGUACAAGCAGGAGCUGAAAGAGUUCCAGCAAAGACAGGUGGCUCCCACUAGCCUGUGAAGAGACGGAUGAAUUCUUGUAAACAAAAAAAAAAAAAAACCUCUACAUGUACUACCAGCUUACAACACUCCUGCUCCUCAAUAUCCCCUGCAGCUAUGAACCACACCAUAGAUGUUUGAGAAGUCAUCAUGCCUUAUAUGGUAUUCAAAUGUUCUAUUCCUUGAGCUACUCGGUAUGAACGGGAGCCUUAAAGGCAGCAGGCCUAAGCAACAGAAGAACUAUGCAAGAAACCAAAUGUUGUUUGAGGAGACAUGUCUCUGGCUGAUGUUCUGUCUGAUUUUACCAGUGUCCUCUUUAUUACAUGUUCUUGGAAAUAAAGAUUAAACACUCAUGUGCUUAUACACUAUUACCACUUUCUCAUUCUCACUGUCUAUAG